GUUUAACCAUGGAUUUAUUUUGUUCCAAGAAAAACAUGGUCAAGAGAGCAUUUGCUACUGAGCUCAAGAAACUAAAUUAGCCUAUUUACAACAGCAAUACAUGUACUUUAAGAACUACCUUUUUGUGUAAAGAAAAUUCAUAGAUAUUCAAGUAUGUCUGUGACCACAUCUGUGGCUUCAUUUGGGUCAUCUGGAUCAUGCAGCAGUGCUGGAUCAAAAGUCCGUUCAAGAAGAUAUCGAACUGUUAGUAAAACAUCUACAGUGGAUGAAAUGCUGUCUGGAGGUCGAACUAGUUCUGCUCCAAAGGAAAGAAAUAGCCCAAAAAUUGAUAUUUUUACGUCCAGAUGUAACAGUGCUCCAAAAAAGCAAAAACAACCAGAAAUCAUCCAAGUGAUAACUAAAGAUAUGAUUAGAAAGUUAAGAGUUCCAAGAGACGAUCCAUCUGGUCAAUCACUUAUAAUUACAUCUGAGCAGUUUUCUAGAAUAAGAAAUUCUUCAAAGGUCUUAACCAAGAAGGAAAGAGAAGCUUUGCAUGCACAGAUGAAAUACGAGAAAAAAAAGUUGCAAGAAAGUGCAGAAGAAAGAAAGAAUUUCAUGCAACAAAUGGAAUUGACCAGAAAACAAAAUGAGAAACUUUCUGACCUAGAACUGGAAGCAAAGGAGAAGAGUGAAUAUUUGCUUCAAAAAGCACAAGAACAAAUGGAGGAGCAAGAGGAUGAGAUCAAAAAAUUGAAUGAAACAAUAUUAAAUGCUAAAUGUCAUGCAAUUCGAGAUGCUCAACUUAUUGAGAAAGUUGAAAUAAAAAAAGAAGUACUGGAGGAAGAUAAACGAUUGGAUGAAAUGAUGGAAAAUGAUCGUGUGCGUGCAUUAGUUGAAUAUGAAGAGCGAGACAAUGCGAAAAGAUUGGAAAGAUUAAAAGGAGCAGAAAUUUUGUAUCAACAAAUUGAAGAAAAUGAACAAUACAAUCUCUUGGAACAAGAAAAGAAAGACCAGGAAACAAAAGCGAUGCUUCAAUAUCUGAAUAAACUGCAACAAGAAGAUAUGACUGCAUUAGUAAAAAAAAGAGAAAUACAAAAAGCCAUAAUGCAAGAUGUUGCUCGAGCAAAUGAGGAGAUUCUAGUGACAAAAGAAAAAUUAAAACAAAGAGAAAAAUUAGAAGAACAAAAAGUGAUGGAAUAUCUGACCGCAAAGGCGGCACGAGAAGAAGCAUUUGAAAAGGAGAAAGAACAGUUGAGAUUUGAGAAAGAGAAAGAAAUUGCUCGGUUGCGCGCACAGCAAGAAAGAGCGAAGGAUAAGCAAGCAGAAAAGGAUGCAUUGCGUGCUAAGAGAAAUCAGGAGGCAGCUGAAAGAGAUUGGAGAAAAAAGGAGAAAGAAGAAGCUUACAAAAAAGCGCAAACAGAGAAGCAGCUUAGUAAUGCUAGAAAGGAACAAAUAAUGAACAAGGAGCACUUUCAUUCUGUACAAGCUGGAAGAGACAGAGCAGAGUUCGAGCGAGUGUUAAAAGCUCAGCAAGAUCAAGUGAGAAGAGAUGAAGAAGCUGAAAAACUUGCUCAAAUGAAACUCUCUGCAUACGCUGACGAUGUGAGAAACCAGAUACGUGAGAAAGAGAGAGAACGGGUGCGCGCGAGAGAGUCGUUUUUCGAAGAAGGUAUCAAAAUGGAUAAUUUGGCGAAAGAACGACGUCAAAAAUUGGACGAAAUUAAACGGCGAAAAUUAAAAGAGCUCAAAGAAGCAGGCGUGUCUGAUAAAUAUGUUAAUGAAGUCGCACGUCGCAUCGAAGCUCCGCCGCCAUCUUUGUCAAAUAUGUUGUAAAUUCUCAUCUUUCUUUUUGUAGUAAUAUAUAUAUUUUUUUUUAAGAAAAAUGAUUAUAAAUUAUUUGAUUUUAAUUACUGCAGAACUGACUUCAAUUGAUGAUAUGCAAAGAUGUACAAGCAUAUUCUGUGCAAAAUUAAAGAGUAUGUCGUAUGAAACAUUUUCAUAUUUUCUCAAUGUAUAUUCUUGAUUUUUUUUAAAUUGUACCAUAGGCUUGGAAUAAUAGAUUGUAUAUAUUUCUAAUCAUAUGUGCAUUAUAUCUUUA